AUGUCCCUUCCUGAUACUCGCGUGCUCAAUUGGGGUCGCGGGUCGAGAUUACACUCGCUUGAGUCUGCAUCGCUCUCACCACCAGAGUACAAUGUUAUAGUUUGCGAAGAGGAUGGGACGGUACUGGCCAGCCCAAUCAUGCGAGGCUUGGGCAGAAACUGUUGUUGCACAGGUGACUCGGAUUUUCCUGAUGGAAAGCCAGGGAAGCCAGCGUACAAUAUAGCCAAAGCGUACCGACCGAUCGCGCUCCUCAACACCCUCGGAAAGCUUCUCUUGGCACUCAUGGCGGAGGACCUCACCUACAUGUCCGAGCACUAUGCACUGCUCCCACACUCUCAGUUCGGUGGUCGACCAGGAAGGACAACAACGGACGCCCUUCACCUUCUCACAAGCACAAUCAGAAGGCAUGGAGGAGUCAAGGUGUGCACUGUUUCUCGACAUCCAAGCAGCAUUCCCCAAUGUUGUCAAGCCAGUCCUCAUGCAGAACAUGAGCAAAAAGAUCCCAGAGGAAUCCACGCGCCUCAAAUUCGACGAGGUGCACUCCGCACCCCGCGCUAUCACCAGCGAACAGCCAAGGAUGCCCACUCGAUGAUCCUCUACCUAUUCUACAUUGCCCCACUACUGGAAUCGCAAACAGCAAGGACCAGCUCACCCUCGGUUGCGGGUAGUGUGAUCGACCAGUCACUGCGGUGGAACAAGCACCAGGAGCUCGUGCACACAAGGGCAGUAAAGUGGACCUCACUAUUCUUGCGUAUACACAGGGCAUUCCAUGGCCUCCCAAUCCGCUCAGGCCGCCAACUCUUCAACUCCGUUGCCAUUCCUCGCAUCACAUACGCUGCAGACAUCUGGUACACCCCACUGUACACCAAGCCAGACUCCGCACGCCGGAUGGGAUCCGUAGCCAUCACCAAGAAGCUGCAAGCCGUCCAACGUAGAGCCGCCAUCGGUAUCACAGGCGCUAUCCGCACAACAGCAGGAGAUACCCUUGAUGCGCACCUCAAUAUGCUACCAAUCGAAGAAACUCUACGCCUCACAUGCCAGAAGGCGGCGGCCCGGCUGGCAAGCCUGCCCGCUACCCAUCCUCAAAUUUGUGAAACGAGCAUCAGGACUCCUCCAGGCACAACGCCCCCCUACAUCGCAUCUUCCACUCCAUCGACUCAAAGUAGACGACCUCAAACCAUCACCCCAGCAUCACGCAACCCCAACGCCACUAACCCAUUCACUAUCUCAAUAGAGGAGUCGGAUGUCAUGAAGGAUCGAGGUAAUGAAGCAGCGGACAGGAGGCCAAGAAGACCAUCACAGAUGGAUCAUCCACAGCAACAACACUCCCACCAUGGACGAAGGACACCUCCCCAGAAUAUCUCGGCACUCAGACAGGAACUCAAACUUGCAGCAAGGAAGUCAGCACACGACAAGUGGAAAUCUUCAGCACGGUACGACAGGACCAGGCCCAUCGACGAGACAAUGCCAUCCAACAAAUAUCUCCAAAUCACAGACGAGCUAACGAGAGCAGAAGCAGCGGCACUUAUUCAGCUACGUACAGGACAUAUCGGACUGAACAAGCAUCUGAACCGCAUCAACAGAGCGGAUGCACCGUGGCCCACACUGUGGAGAGGAGAAAUGCAGAACUCAUCUCCUCACAUCUGCCCAGCGUACAAUGCAGCGCGAGGCAGAUAG